GAUCUGAGCACAAAUAAACCCAGUAUUGAUCGAAGAACACUCAACAUGGGUUCCAUGAGUGCAGUAGUAGUGGCAGUGUUGUGCGCAUUUGCGAUGCAUGCAGGGUUUUUAGUCACUAAUGCUCAGCUCAGUCCCACGUUCUACAACGAAACAUGUCCAACGUUAAACGAUAUUGUGUUUAAUGUGGUCUCAAAUGCUUCCCUCACCGAUCCCCGAAUCGGUGCCAGCCUCCUCAGGCUUCACUUUCAUGAUUGCUUUGUUCAAGGUUGCGAUGGAUCAGUUUUGCUGAACAACACUGAUACCAUACAAAGCGAGCAAGAUGCAAUUCCAAAUCUCAAUUCAUUAAGGGGUUUGGAUGUGGUGAAUAACAUCAAAACAGCAGUGGAAGAUAGUUGUCCAGAGACAGUUUCUUGUGCUGAUAUUCUGGCUAUUGCAGCUGAAGUAGGUUCUGUUCUGGGAGGUGGUCCAUCAUGGGAUGUUCUAUUAGGAAGAAGGGAUAGCUUAAACGCAAGUCAAGCUCUUGCAAAUACAAGUCUUCCAGCACCAUUCUUCACAAUUGAUCAACUCAACGCUUCUUUUGCAGCUCAAGGUCUUAACCUCACCGAUUUAGUCACUCUCUCAGGUGCUCAUACAUUUGGAAGAGCUCGUUGCAGCACAUUCAUAAACCGAUUAUACAGUUUCAACAACACCGGAAACCCUGAUCCAACCCUAAACACAACUUACUUAGCCACAUUGCAAGCGAUAUGCCCUCAGAAUGCAACUGUGGAUAACAUCACUAAUUUGGACCUCACCACACCAGAUCAAUUCGAUAACAACUACUACUCCAAUCUUCAGCAACUCAAUGGCUUGCUUCAGAGCGACCAAGAACUCUUCUCCACCACCGGUGCUGAUACCGUUCCCCUUGUCAACAGUUUCAGCGCUGACCAAAGUGCUUUCUUUGCCAACUUUGUAGUGUCAAUGAUAAAAAUGGGAAACAUUGGAGUGCUCACAGGAACUGAUGGAGAAAUUCGCACCCAAUGUAAUUUUGUCAAUGCAAACUCCUCUGCAACAUUAUUAUUAGCUGGUGUGGCCUCCAAAGUGAACCUUGUUGCUCAAUCUAAGUAAGUUAUAAUAUGCGUUGUAAAGGCAAAAUAAAAGGUUCUAAAACCUGUGUGCUGUGUUCAAAUGAAUCAAAUAAGUGUGGAUGGCAAAGUGAUUUUGCCAUGUACCUCUUAGCAUGCUAUGUAUUUACUUUCAUCAAUACCUUUCUCUCUUGUGUAAUAUAAUAUAAAGUCUGUAUUUCUUUCUUCAAAGGCUGCAGAAGUAAAA